AAGAACCAGUCAAGCUAGAAGUGGAAAACAAGGCUCUGUAAACCUACUUUGUCAAUUUUUAUUUGAUUUAUUAGUUUGUAAGCACUUAACACACCAUGUCUGCAUCUACGAAAAUACCGAGGGCCCUAACCGCGUCCGGUAUCCGGCUACCGCCCCUUCCGACCAUCCGGGAUCUGGUAAAGCUCUACCAGCUGCGUGCCAUCAAGCAGCUGUCACAAAAUUUUCUCAUGGACGAACGGCUGACGGAUAAGAUUGUCCGAGCGGCCGGCAACAUACGCGACCAUUAUGUGCUGGAGGUAGGACCUGGCCCGGGCGGUAUAACUCGUUCGAUCAUACGUCAAAAUCCCCGACAUCUGGUGGUAGUAGAAAAGGAUCGUCGUUUUAUGCCCACGAUGGAAAUGCUGGCCGAAGUGACGCAACCGUUUAUGCGAAUGGAUAUCGUACAAGGCGACAUUCUGGAGCACAGAAUCGAGGAUGCCUUUCCCGACUGUCCGCAGCACGAUUGGAUGGACAAGAAUAGGGCGCCGGUGCAUCUGAUAGGAAACCUUCCAUUCGCUAUCUCCACGCGAUUGCUGAUAAACUGGCUGCGAGACAUGAGCCUUCGGACUGGUGCUUGGUCAUACGGACGAGCCAGCUUGACACUUACCUUUCAGAAAGAGGUGGCCGAGCGUAUCGUUGCCCCAAUUCUGUCCGAGCAACGGUGCCGCCUAUCGGUUAUGAAUCAAAUCUGGAGUACGCCAGAUCUGCGGUUCAUGAUAUCGGGACGCGCUUUCGUGCCGAAACCGGAAGUGGACGUAGGGGUGGUAACGAUUGUUUCGCUGCAAACACCCCUAACGCAAGUUCACUUCGACACGGUAGAAAAGGUGAUAAGACACAUAUUCUCCAUGCGGCAAAAGUAUUGCCGCCGCGGUGUGUCCAACCUGUAUCCGCCAAAAGUGCGCGAAGAGCUAACAGAGCUGACGUUUAAGAAGGCGGAAGUUGAUCCGCUGGCACGUUCGUUCCAACUGUCGGUGGCCGAAUGUUUGCGUAUUGUGGAAGCGUACAAUGAUUUGGUUCAGCAACAUCCGGAAAUAGCCAGCUACGAUUACCGUGCCCCGAAGGUCAAAGGAACCGCUUUGGACAGUGAUGGACAGGAUAGCGAGACCGAGCGAUGAUGGUGCUGUGUGUAAUUGUUUGUGAAUAGUAAUAAAACGUUUAGUUAUCGCGACAGUAGAAAACAUUUUAUAUGUCUUUGGUUCUGGAUUAAUGUGAUAGGAGACAAAGUUGAGAAUAUAACCACUAUAUCCAUAUACGAAUUUGUCAAUUUUCAGUUCAGUUUAUCUUGACCGGUGCAUAUCUUUAGG